AUGUUCAUAAUCAAUAUCCUCUCACUAAUUAUCCCCAUUCUCCUCGCCGUAGCCUUCCUAACCCUAGUUGAACGCAAAGUACUAGGCUACAUGCAACUUCGCAAGGGGCCGAACAUCGUAGGACCAUAUGGCCUGCUCCAACCCAUUGCAGACGCCAUGAAACUCUUCACUAAAGAGCCCCUCCGACCCCUCACAUCAUCCACAUUCAUAUUUAUUAUAGCACCUAUCCUAGCCCUUACACUAGCCCUAACCAUAUGAAUCCCAUUGCCCAUACCAUACCCACUCAUCAAUAUAAACCUGGGAGUACUAUUCAUACUAGCCAUAUCCAGCCUAGCUGUCUACUCCAUUCUAUGAUCCGGGUGGGCUUCAAACUCAAAGUACGCUCUAAUCGGCGCCCUACGAGCCGUAGCCCAAACAAUCUCAUAUGAAGUCACACUAGCUAUUAUCCUCUUAUCUGUACUACUAAUAAACGGAUCCUUCACAUUAGCCACACUAAUUACCACUCAAGAAUAUAUCUGACUUAUUAUCCCCGCAUGACCCCUAGCUAUAAUAUGAUUCAUCUCUACUCUAGCAGAAACCAACCGAGCCCCAUUUGACCUCACAGAAGGAGAAUCAGAGCUUGUUUCCGGAUUUAACGUAGAAUAUGCAGCAGGCCCUUUCGCCCUGUUCUUUCUAGCAGAAUACGCCAACAUUAUCAUAAUAAACAUCCUCACAACAAUCCUAUUCUUCGGAGCAUUUCAUAGUCCCUACAUACCAGAACUAUACACCACCAACUUCACUGUAAAAACCCUAAUCCUAACAACCACCUUCCUAUGGAUCCGAGCAUCCUAUCCACGAUUCCGAUACGACCAAUUAAUACACCUCCUAUGAAAAAGCUUUCUACCCCUUACCCUAGCCCUAUGUAUAUGACACGUCUCCCUGCCCAUCAUCACAGCAAGUAUUCCACCUCAAACAUA